AGUACCAUUGAGCCGAGGCGAUUAAGGGGACUACACCAGCACCGCCCAUCCUCGUCUGCCGCAGCAGCUUUUUGCUGCAACAAGAACCCGAGCCAAAACAACUCUAGUAUCUGUUGAGGAGAAGCCUCCAAUAGAACACGGACAGCAUCAAGAUGGCUCGCCUGGUACCCGUUUCUUCUUUUCCGUUGCGGGCCGCGCUCGUGCUCUGCCUGCCCGCCGUGACCCUGCAGUUUUCCGGGUCGCUAUUUGCCUCCGCCAUCCGGGUGCACAGUGACGACCAAAUCAACCAUGUUGCUACUCUAGCAUCUUCACCUGCAGCGCUGCUCGUCACAAAGUCUUCAAAGCAAGACCCCACAGCAGCUCCAGCGGCUCCAGCACCCAAACCCAGCGGCUGGGGCGUCCACCACAGCACCACAUCGCAUUUGAAGAAACCGGGGAAGGGCUACAGCUACGGCUCGCCACUGUACGGCCAGAACAUGCACUCCGUUUCCUAUCCCACGAAAAAACUGUUUCACUGUGAUGAUUUUGCAAUAUCUGCAUCACAAGUCUGCUACACAUGGCGCGGAGAACUUGCCAUGCGCGCUUCCCGAGGGAAAACACGCUUCAAAACCCAAUGUCUUGCAGGUGUAGCAAGACAAACAGCUUGGUGCUUUCUUGUCUGCAUCACAAGUUCACAGUGAAGCAGUUUUUUCUUGCGAUAUUUCCCACAACUCCUACACGACCCAGUUCCCGCCGGCUCCGCCAUCGACCGCCAUGCAAUGUGUGAUCACCCUGACCUUAUGCAUUGCAAAUAUGUCUGGGUCUGGCUCUGGAAAGUUGUCAUGCUAAUGUCCAAAGGAUAGGCGAACUGUGUUGCUGAGCCGCGCAUGACAAGUUUCUGAGCGGCUAUGCCUAGCGCUAACCGCAUGACAAAUAGCCCUUUUACAUGACAAACAAAUGCCGUUGUAGCGCGACAAGCAUGACAGACUUCUGUGUAUUGCUAUUGCCGGCCGAGCAUGACAAUCUUCUAUUCUACUUCCAGACCCAGAAGUCGUUCUCUUCCCCGUGCUGUACCAAGGUCUUGUUUCCAGACAAAACACCCGACAUUUUUGCAGUUCAUAGACCUUUCAGUUCUUCAUGAUCCUCUCUGCGGUCGCGAUUUUGAAGACGAUCAAAGAACUUUCCGCCAACAACAAACCCUCCACUCUGCUCGUCGCGUUGCAAGUGUCCCGCGGGACCUUGACCUUCGUCCCCAUGCUGUGCGUGUUUUUCCUGGCGAUCCGCAUGCGGGCAGUGCAGUUGGCGGGCGGGGAUAACGACCAAUUCGAUUUGCCGCCAAACUGGAUGAAGACGAUGAUGAAGAUCGCAACAUCGGCUGUUGUGAUCCAGGGGGUUGUCGUGCUGCUUUGCCCGUUUUUGUUGAACAAAAUGCCGGAAGUCGACAGCGACGGAAACAUUGUACCGCCGAGUUCCACUGCGGCGGCUUUAUGGUGCUGGAAAAAAGCUUAGCAGAAGCGGGCUGAUAGAUGCUUUGAUACACAAGGGUCGUUACUUACAACACUGAAUACGUCUGCAGGAGUGUCCUGGACCACGGCUACCACGACAGUGACAGUGUUAAGAACUACCAGGUUGUCAUGCGUCUUCGUGCACAUGUUGAAAAAGUUGCUGAUUCUCACUUGGAAUAGGCCGCGCAUGUGCAGCUAUUCCUGUGCGAAAGGCAGUACUCAUCACAAAUCAAUAUCAAACAUCAAGCAGAGGCAGCUUCACUUGGUUCUUUAUUUCUCUUGUAUACAUCGGCGGAACGCUCCAGAGAAGCUGGGGAUCUACGGUAUAAAAAUGACUGACACUACUUUUGACCACGAUGACAAAAUAUUUCUUCGUACAUGCUGAUCAUUAUUGCUUCACAAAAUACCAUCCUAUUCCUAGUUGUGGCUGCGCAUGACAAACUUUCAAACUCAACCUUCUAUCUAAUUAAGGUUCUCACCAUAAUCCGGUCCUUCUCCUUCCUCGGCCUGUGGACGUCGAUUUAUCCUGCUGAAACAAGAUGAAGUUCGGGUCAAUACGAAAUUUGUAUUGCAGAGAACAGUAAUAUGAAAAGCUAACGUAUCUAUGCCAUACUAGCAUGACAAAUUCAACCCUGACCCGAAAUCAAAACUUUUCGCAAGUGCAUUCUCUUCCAGCACUGAUUACCGGCAUGUGGUUCAUGAAGCCUCCGGUCGAAAUUUGGGGCCCCCGGGCGGACAUGCAGAACGAAGAUUUUCCCUGGCCGGCAACCUCCUAUCAAAUGCAAAAUGAAGAUUGCGAGACUUGUCAUGCUUGUCUGGCAUGACCAAAAAAGUUUGUGAUGCGUGUCCAAGAAGAGACCCUUUUGCCUGUCAUGCAAAAACGCAGUUUGUCAUGCGAAAAACGCAACACAAAGAAGCGCAGAUAUUUCUCAUGCUUGGCUGUGCAUUACAGAGCAUUCACUAUUCCCAACGCAGCAUUACAAGUUUCCAGACCCAGACAUUUUUACAUUUGAUACUUCUGUGAAAGCCACGAUGGACAUGACGUCCCUGUUUUUCGUCGUCUACUUCGCCCUCGUAUCAACUGUAAAAAUGUCUGGGUCUGGAAGAUUGCCAGGUUUGUCAUGCACAUUCUGCAUGACUCCUCAAGUCUGUGAUGCAUGCCCUAGCAUCACAGAUUUUUAGAGGGCUUCCUGAAGCCCAUUCCGCAUGACAAAUGCCCUUUCCGUGCUGCAAAAUUUGGACUCUCUUUGCUGCUCAUGCAAUACAGAUUUUUUUAGAGUCCGAAAUCAGCAUGACAAGUUGAAUUCUUCCAGACCCAGACAUUUUUACAGUUGAUACGUCGCGAUGCUCCGGGAGUUCAACAGCCCCAAAUUCGCCCACACGAUUGCGUACGCAUUGCAAAAGUAUCGUACUAGUUCUAGUAGUGAUUGCAUAACAAAUUUGCUUAGCAUUUUUACGAACAAAACUUGUAAUGCUGUUUUACCUUAGGAACGAGAUUUGUCAUGCAUAACAGCAAUUACAACUACGAGUGCGAUACUUUUGCAAUGCAUAUCACCCUGCUCCAAACCGUGACACCAACUUUGAACCUCGCCCCGAUGUUCUGCAUCUUGUUUCUCGGUGCCAGGAUGCGGGCCUUGCAAAUGGACCCCAUUGACGGGCACGUGCAAAACUGGUAUCGACUGCAAAUAUGUCUGGGUCUGGAACAAGGAUGCAACUUGUGAUGCGCAUUUUGGAUUAGACAAAAAUAAUCAGUCAUGCAGGGACAGCAAAAGUAGCUUACAACUCAUCAUCAAACUCUGGAAUUUCUCAUGCGAUCUAGGCACUGGGAAACCUCAAUCACCAAACCUGUGAUGCUAUUGCUGGCAUGCCAGAGCUUCUGGGUCAUGCAAAAUCAGUAUGACAAAGUCCGCAGUCAUCCAGACUCAGACAUAUUUGCAAUGCAGAACUGGGCGAAGGUCGCGAUGAUCUUGACCACAACCGGUAUGGAAGUGCAAAUACGUCUGGGUCUGGAAACUUGUCAUGAUGAAUUGGCGAGACUGAAAUACAUUCCAAUGCAGCCAAGCAUGAGAAGUUUGCAGAGCCCGUCCUCUUGCGCAGUCCGCAUGAGAAACAGGGCUUUUGUAUUACAAAAAGGGGGACUCUCUUGCUAGUCAUGCAAUACAGGUUUUACAGGAGUGUAGGACUAGCAUUACAAGUUCCAUAUUUCCGGACCCAGAGAUUUGCAAUCCAUAACCGGUAUGGAAGUGCAGAUUCUGGCGAUGUUCGUCUGCGGCCUGUGUCUGAACGGCGAGGUGAGGGCGGGGAACUGUGAAGGGGAUGUGUAUCCUCAGCAAAAACGUCCCCAGCACAAAGUUGUAAUGCAAAUGCGCAAUGACAGGAACAUUUGUAAUGCGCAUCUCCACGAGACGACGAGGCAUUUUUCAUCGUGAUUUGACAAUUUUGUAAUGCUGUAAACAGAAUGAGAAAUUGGCUUUCUCGUGCGGCUUGCUUAGCUUUCUCGUGCGGCUUGCCUUGCUAAGCACCACUACACUACAGACGGAAACUUAUCAUGCACAACUCCCAAAGCUUGGCGGUUUGUGUUGCAGAUUUACCAACUUGGCUAUGGGUUGGGGUCGUUUUUGCUCCGGAUAAUGUGAGGUUUAAAGUCAGCAACCCCUGGGUCAUGGUGGUGAUGCAGGUAAUGGUGAUGUUGUCACGAAUUCAUCAUGGUUUUUUGUCAUGCGUGAAACUGCAUGAGAAGGACUUUCUGUCAUGCAUAAAACCACUUUACAAAUAUUUGUUCAUUCUGCCAUUCACAACAUAUUCAGAUCAUCCGUUGGUCCACGAUCGUCUGCAUCUAUACCGGCGCAUUGAUGGUUUUAGUUUCCGUCUGCGUGCUCGAGCACCCGAAAGACCCGGCAAAGACGCCGCCAGUCAGCUCGGCAAUGAAGUGUGUGAUGAUCUUGACGGUACUGUACCUCAUUGUCUACUUCGGCCUGUUCCUGAUGACCUCGCUCCGCACCUGCUUGGGCAGUCAGUUUGGUUCGUCCGUCCUCCGUGCGUUCGACACGGCUCGCGGCACGGUAUUCUUCGCGCCGAUGCUGUAUCCUGCGUAAAAACGUUCCCACCCCAGAGUUGUCAUGCAGAAUUACAAUCACUGAAAAACUUGUAAUGCGCAUUUCCAUGAGAGGCAUUUUCAAUCGUGUUAUGCAAUUUGUGAUGCUGUCAAGAGAAUACCAGGAUGGAUUUGUGAUGCGGUUGUCCUUGCUAACCCGCACUACAGUACAGAGAAAAACUUGUCAUGCGUGACUUCCAAAACUUCUGGAUCUGUGUUGCAGAGUCCCCAACUUGACUCUGGGGUGGGGACGUUUUUACACAGGAUAUGCUCUCCGUCCUCUUCCUCGGGUGCCGACUCCGGGCGUUGCAGCUGACGAAGACCAUGGGGUCGCCGCAGGGAUAUGCCCAGGACUGGAUGUUUCUGGCCACCUGGGCCAUCAUGGGGCAAGUGCUACUCUGCUUCUUCCUGGGUCUCUUAUGCAUUGCAAAAGCAUCGUACUCGUAUAAAAAUAAAUGCAUUACAAAUUUCCUCAGCAUGAGAAAGAAAAUUUGUAAAUGUAAUGCGGAUUUACCUUACGAAGAAGAUUUGUCAUGCAUAUUUGCAAUUACUACGAGUGCGAUACUUUUGCAGUGCAUAUCGCUUCGCGCCGGGCGAUUCCUCCGACCUGAAGCCGGACGAGGACGGCAACCUGCAUAUCACAGGAAAAAGGGUUAGCGUUAACGGAACUUGUUCCGAUGAGAAUUUGUGAUGCAGUAAUGCAUCACAAAACGUCGUGUCCAAAUUUGUCAUGCAUAGCAUGCAUGCUCGGCAAAAUUUGUCAUGCGCGACUGCAAACCGUGAAGAACCAUCAAAACCGUUGAUGUUAUACCUUUUUUGUUUGAUACUCCAGCUUCCGGAGUCUGCGGACGGCGGGAAACCGGGCAUCGCACGGUACUUAAUGGAAGGCUUCCGCUACUUGUGCAUGUUCAGUACGUACGGCGCGGCCAUCGGAAUUUGCUACGCGAUCUAUACUAUCAAAUGUAAAAAUGUCUGGGUCUGGAAACUUGUGAUGCUGUGUGGCGUAUCAUGAGGAGGCCACAAUUGCUGGCUCAGCAUGACAAGGUUCUGAGCUUCUAGGUGUUGCCUAUUCAUUCUGCAUGACAAACUACGUCUGCUCUGCAUGACAGAAAAGUGGGGCUCUUUGGUAAUGUGCAUGACAGAUUUAAGAGUCAUGCCAGACAAGCAUGACAAACUUGCAUUCUUCCAGAGGACCCAGACACUUUUACACUUGAUCUACACCAUGACCCCGACCAACGCAAACGGGUCCGGCUCGCUGUUCCCCUGGGGCCCGAUAUGACAGUGCACAACUCCCCCUCGUUCUCAUUUCUCAUGCAAAAUCCCAAAUCCAGUUGCUUCCUUGUAUCACUAUUAUGCAUGACAAAUUCCGCAAGUGGCCCAAACAGUACCACAGUGCGGGGCACACAAAUUUGUCAUGCAUAGGCUCUACGUGUGCUGGUGUUUGUACUAUUGCUGUUCAUGCUACACAAGUGAGGGGGAGAGGGGGGUGUGCACUCUCAUACCCGAUCCCCCAGCCCUUCGACCCGGCGGAAGCACUGCAGAACGCCGGAAAAUAUGCAUUGCAAAAGUACCGUACUCGUAUAAAUGCAUUACAAACAAGGUCCGAGCACGGGGACAGAGUCCCCGUGCGGCGACCUUCCGGCAUUUGCCUGCCUGCGCGGUGGCACUGGGCAGGCAGGUCGCCUGCAGCUAGGUAUCUCGGUGCGCCUUGCAUUCACUGACCCGCGACGGGCCUGCGGACGCGGCACCCUUGCUUGCGCGCACUAGGUCCGUUCACCUGCCGCGCGCAAAGAUAAUAUAAAAGAAAAGAAGAAACAAACUGGCGCCGGGUGCGGAUCUGGAGCGAGCCGGCCCGCAAGUCAUGACGCGGCGACAGAAUCCCCACACUUCUGCCCUAGGGAUUUUCUUCGCCCCGUGCUUUCUUGGCCGCGGGGCGUGGUGUCCGGAGAGUGUUCGUAGCUAGCCCCUAGGCCAUGACGCGGGGACCGAGUCCCCGCGCUUGCCUAGGGCUUUCGCCCCGUGGCCGCACGGUGCCCGGGAAGCACUUGCAGCUGACCCCUAGGCCAUGACGCGGGGACCGAGUCCCCGCGCUGGCCUAGGAAGGGCCUUCGCCCCGUGGCCGCGCGGUGUCCGGGAGACAGUUGCAGCUGGCCCCUAGGCCAUGACGCGGGGACCGAGUCCCCGCGCUGGCCUAGGGCUUUCGCCUCGUGGCCACACGUUGUCCGGGAAGCGCUUGCAGCUGACCCCUAGGCCAUGACGCGGGGACCGAGUCCCCGCGCUGGCCUAGGGCUUUCGCCCCGUGGCCACACGGUGUCCGGGAAGCACUUGCAGCUGACCCCUAGGCCAGGACGUGGGGACCGAGCCCCCGCGCUGGCCUAGGGCUUUCGCCCCGUGGCCGCACGGUGUCCGGGAAGCAAUUGCUGCUGGCCCCUAGGCCAUGACGCGGGGACCGAGUCCCCGCGCUGGCCUAGGGCUUUCGCCCCGUGGCCGCCCGCACGUUGUCCGGGAAGCACUUGCAGCUGACCCCUAGGCCAUGACGCGGGGGCCGAGUCCCCGCGCUGGCCUAGGGCUUUCGCCCCUUGGCCGCACGGUGUCCGGGAACGAAGCGCUUGCUGCUGACCCCUAGGCCAUGGCGCGGGGACCGAGUCCCCGCGCUGGCCUAGGGCUUUCGCCCCGUGGCCUCACGGUGUCCGGGAAGCACUUGCAGCUGGCCCCUAGGCCAUGACGCGGGGACCGAGUCCCCGCGCUGGCCUAGGGCUUUCGCCCCGUGGCCGCACGGUGUCCGGGAAGCACUUGCAGCUGGCCCCUAGGCCAUGACGCGGGGACCGAGUCCCCGCGCUGGCCUAGGGCUUUCGCCCCGUGGCCGCACGGUGUCCGGGAAGCACUUGCUGCUGGCCCCUAAGCCAUGACGCGGGGACCGAGUCCCCGCGCUGGCCUAGGGCUUUCGCCCCGUGGCCGCACGGUGUCCGGGAAGGAAGCACUUGCAGCUGUCCCCUAGGCCAUGACGCGGGGACCGAGUCCCCGCGCUGGCCUAGGGUUUUCGCCCCGUGGCCGCACGGUGUCCGGGAGCGCUUGCUGCUCGUUGGCCCCUAGGCCAUGGCGCGGGGACCGAGUCCCCGCGCUGGCCUAGGGCAUUCGCCCCGUGGCCGCCCGCACGGUGUCCGGGAAGCACUCGCAGCUGGCCCCUAGGCCAUGACGCGGGGAAAGGGCCCCCGCGCUGGCCUAGGGCUUUCGCCCCGUGGCUGGCCGCACGGUGUCCGGGAAGCACUUGGUUGCAGCUGGCCCCUAGGCCAUGACGCUCGCGGGGACCGAGUCCCCGCGCUGGCCUAGGACUUUCGCCCCGUGGCCGCACGGUGUCCGGGAAGCGCUUGCAGCUGACCCCUAGGCCAUGACGCGGGGACCGAGUCCCCGCGCUGGCCUAGGGCUUUCGCCCCGUGGCCGCACGGUGUCCGGGAAGCACUUGCAGCUGACCCCUAGGCCAUGACGCGGGGACCGAGUCCCCGCGCUGGCCUAGGGCUUUCGCCCCGUGGCCGCACGGUCCGUCUCGCGACGCGUGACAGACUGGACCUCGGGGCCAAACCUCGCGUGACAAAGUCCGAAAGUUUGGCCGGGGUGUGUCCGAAAGUCUGUCUGGGGUGUGUCCGAAAGUCUGCCCGGGGUGUGUCCGGGGUGUGUCUGGGGUAUGUUCGGACUUUUUGCCUGGGGUGUGUUCGGGGGUAUGUCUGGGGUGUGUCUGGGGUGUGUCUGGGGUAUGUUUAUACCCCACCUUCUGCUUUUUCGCCAAAAAUUUGUAUUCAGGUCGUGACUGACUGCCAUUUGCAUACCCCUGACACACCCCCGAACAUACCCCCGAGCAUACCCCUCGCAUGCAUUUUUGACCAGCUGCUGCAGUUUAGAUAGUAAUUUCCCCAGCAUGAGAAAUGAAAUUUGUAAUGUGGAUUUACCUUAAGAACAAGACUUGUAAUGCAAGUCUUGCACUUAUACGAAUACGAUACUUUUGCACAGGAUAGAAAACAGCUCACCGUGCCGCCCCCGGCCGCUGCGUCGGGAAGUGCGGCUGCGGCGGGGUUUUUCUGAAGAACAAAGUGCUGAAGUUGCGACUUUGCUUCGUCCCAGCUGGUAUUCAUCGUUGUAGCGAGUAACAAAAGAAAACGCAACAUGAGCGCAACUCUCUAGGCUGCAAAAGCAAUUGCUAUUGCAUUUGCUCGCACGGUGCUUUCCUCAAAUAGUAAAAUGGUUGCCCUUAUAAGAAAGUAGCCUCAACAUUUACGAUUUUUUCCUUGUCUAGAUGGGACGGACUGUGCCAGUGGCGGAAAGAGUUUCCACAUGGACGAAAGCGCACGGCAAACUUAUCUUUUCCAAUAACUUUUUGUCACCAUCGGUGAUACUUAAAAACUGGUACUAUAUGGCUUCUGACGGGAUUCGUCGAAGUGACAAAAAAAACAAUUUUUUUCCCCAGCAGCUCAUGGUCAUGAGCAGGCUCGAAAGAUGAACCAUAGCAAGAAUAUGAAUAAGCAAAGCAGGUCUACAACUGCACGACCCCACUCGCAAGAUUUGGGGCGAACAGAAGUGCCUGCAAGAACCUCUUACGCAGAAUUCUUGUUGAGUCUCUCU